AUGUUCCGUGGCCUCGAUUCUGCCCCCAAGACUGUCAUUGAUCAUGAGGUCGAAAUUACUGCAGACAAUACAGUAUCUUGGGAUUACCGGUUUGAUUUUGAACAUUCCAUUGGGGCUGGCGGUUAUUCGUCUGAUCCAGCAUUCGGUCCAGCUUCUUCCAGCAAGAGUGCAGCGGCAUCAGUAUUUGAGUACAGGCAGGAGAAUGGAAGGACGUACCACGCGUACAAAGAAGGCAAAUACAAGCUCCCCAAUGAUGAGAGAGAGAACGACCGACUUGACCUACAGCACAAUCUUAUCCUACUCACCUUCAAUGACAGGCUCGGUAACGCUCCCCCCAAUAACCCAGGCGCCAAGGUCGGAAGGGUCUUGGACGUCGGCGCCGGGACGGGUAUCUGGGCCAUUGACUUUGCCGACGAGCACCCAGAGAGCGAAGUUCUCGGCUUUGAUCUCUCGCCCAACUUCCCGGAGUACACGCCGCUCAACGUAAGAUUCGAGGUUGACGAUCUCGAGGAGCCUUGGAUAUACUCGCGGCCCUUCGACUACAUCCAUAGCCAGAUGAUGAACGGAUCUGUCAACGAUUGGGACGUUUACGCCAAGAAGUGCUUUGACAACCUAAACCCGGGCGGCUGGGUCGAAAUGAACGAAUGCAAUAUCAAGCCCGAGUGUGACGACGGUACUCUAAAAGAAGACUCCAUGCUUCUCCGGACAGCCAGACUGGUUCAGGAGGCAUCCGAAAAGUUUGGGCGGCCAGCCAAGGACAUGAAGGAGCUGAAGAAUGUCUUGAUCGACGCCGGUUUCGUGGACGUGAGGCUCAUGCAGUACAAGUGGCCCACCAACGACUGGCCAAAGGAGCAGAGAUACAAGGAAAUCGGCAUGUGGAGCCAUGACAACGCGGUGUCUGGUUGGGAGGGGCUCUGCAUGACGAUGCUCACCAGGGCACACGGCUGGAAGGCGGCUGAAGUGAUUAUUGCCAUGGCACAGUGCCGCAAGGAGCUCAAGGACAGGAGCAUUCACGCCUACUACCCUCUAUACUCGGUCUACGGCAGGAAGCCUACGGAGGAAGAGUUGGCACGAGAACUGUCGAUGGAGACUUGAAGUGUAAUGGGUUCAAGUGGCAGUGCUCAAACUUUGUAUUCAAAGUUGCUCCGAAAGAGUGGACGGUGCUAUGGUAGACCCGACAACCGGUACCAACACUGAGAAGUGGUUAGAGUGUGGUGUAGUCAACACGGAAGAUAGUUGACUUUUUGUACUGUAAAAAGACGAUUGAAAGCUACUUAAGUUUAGUCUAGUUUUCUAGUUGACCGGCAGGAAACCGAUAGACGAGAAAAUUUGCACAUUUGAGGAGUCAAUCCUAA